UUAAAAACUUCAGUUUUUGCAUUAAGAGCAUUCAAUUUCUGAGAUGGUGAGAAAGGGAGAUUUGAGAUGUACAGCUUAUUGAAAAAGGAAAAAGGGGAAAACAACGUGGUGUGGACUUCAAACUCUACGCUUUUUUCUACUUUAACUCCUAAUACCACCGCACCUCCUAUCCAUACUGCUGAUGGUUCACAAAUGCAAGUUAGCCAAUAUGGUCAAGUUUCCACUUCUACCCUUACCUUACCAAACACUUUCCUGAUACCAAAACUUACUUUCAAUCUUAUUUCUAUGGGACAACUGUGUGAACUUGGUCUUGAACUAAUAUUCUCUACUCGUGGUUGUCAUGUGCAGGAUCCACAGACGGGACAGAUUCUUGGGAUAGGUCGUAAAGUUGGAUGUUUGUUUGAGCUCACCUCCUUGCACAUCCCUUCUAGUUACAUUUCCCAGUUGUGUGCAGUCUCAACAUCUUCCUCUUUACACUUGUGGCGUCUUCGUCUUGGUCAUGCCUCUAUUAGGUCUCCUAAUGAGCUUUCAAAUGAUCAAACUUCCGCGAUUCCUGUUUCAGAAGAUGUCUCUUCUACGGAUAUUGCACCUGGAACAAAUGAGAUUGAAAAUCCACCAGUUACUUCCUCUUCUAGUCAUCCUACGUGGGUAAGAAAUCCACCUACAUAUCUUCAAGAUUAUCAUUCUUUUUCCGCACUCACCUCUUUACAUGAACCUCAGUCCUACAAGGAAGCUUCUUUAGAUCCUCUAUGGCAGCAAGCUAUGAAAGAGGAAUUACAGGCUUUGGAAAAGACAGGUACUUGGGACUUGGUUGAUCUUCCUAUUGAUAAGACUCUUGUUGGAUGCAAGUGGGUAUACAAGAUCAAAACUUGUUCUGAUGGAUCUAUGGAGCGUUAUAAGGCACAUCUGGUGGCAAAGGGUUUUACGCAAGAAUAUGGCAUUGACUAUGAGGAAACCUUUGCUCCUAUUGCUCGUCUUACCACAGUACAUAGUUUACUAGCUAUUGUUGCUGUACGUAAAUGGAAGCUGUUUCAGAUGGAUGUGAAGAAUGCCUUUCUUAAUGGUGAUUUGGAAGAGGAGGUCUAUAUGAAACCGCCUCUUGGACUUACUCCUCCUUCGAAUAAGGGAAUGGUUCUUUUACUCAUAUAUGUUGAUGAUAUGAUUAUCACUGGAGAUGAUGUUUCAAGGAUUGAUGAGGUUAAGCAGUUUCUCAACCACAGAUUUGAGAUGAAAGACCUUGGCUCUUUGAGUUAUUUUUUGGGACUUGAAGUUACAUCCUUAGAUGAUGGUUAUCUUCUCUCUCAAAUGAAAUAUGCAUCAGAUCUCAUAUCUAAAACCGGUCUCACUAAUAGUAAGAAUGUCUCCACACCUCUUGAACCGAAUGUUAAGCUCACACCAUUAGAUGGUUUUCCACUCCUUGACCCUACUCCUUAUCGGCAGUUGGUUGGUAGUUUGGUUUAUCUUACUACGACACGCCCAGACAUAGCAUAUGCAGUUCAUGUUGUUAGUCAAUUUAUGGCUGCCCCUCGCUUCAUUCAUUCUGCUGCUGUACUUCGUAUUAUUUGCUAUGUUAAGGGAACACUAUUUCAUGGACUUCACUUCUCAGCUCAUUCCUCCCUUGUCCUUCAUGCAUAUUCAAAUGCCGAUUGGGCUGGUGAUCUUACAGAUCGAAGAUCCACUAUUGGCUAUUGUCUCUUUCUUGGUAACUCUCUUAUUUCAUCGCGUAGUAAGAAACAAGCUAUUCCAUCUCGCUCUAGUACUGAGACUGAAUACAGACCUUUGGGUACUGUCCACCUAGUCUUUAUUGGCUCUGCUGAUCAGCCUGUAGAUCUCUUCACUAAGGCUCAUUUUCCUGGAUGCUUCCGUAGUUUUCUUUCCAAACUCAAGCUGGCGGCACAGCUGUCCGUAGCGCCGUUACAAUUGUCUGAUUCCACGGGUUACAAUGGGUAUGAAAUGGACGAAUCUGACCGGGAAUUUGAGAGGUAUCCAGAUGCACAAGCGUCCACCAUACUUGCUGUGCGACUCAUCAUAAGGAAUCAGGUGCGGGCAUGCUUAUUGUCAUUGCCAUGCAUCUAUUUGAGCGGGAAGCGUUGGGUUUAUUCUGCACUUCGGUGUGAUGAUAGGAAUUUACUUCAAGCUCUUCUCAGACGUGCAGCAGUUGGAAGUAGGAUUUUAGUGACCACUCGUGACUAUGGAGUUGCGGCAGGGAUGAUGAAUCAAGAAGCAUUUAUUGGAUGGGGUGAGGAAGAAUGUGGAAGCUUAAAGGAUAUUGGCUGGAAAACUGCAGAGAAAAGCAAAGGAUUGCCACUUGCUGCUAAGACUUUAAGGUGCCUCUUGAGAUUCAAGAGAACGAGGGAAGAGUGGGAAAACAUCCUGUACAGUGACAUGGGAACUGGAUUUGGUACAGGCAACAUACUUCUUCUUAUUGGGAAAUCGAUUCGCAUCUUAAACCUCCGCCAAAAACUGGCUAGUUCCAUGCUUUCGUAAUGUGAGAGAGUUGCUGUUGUUGGUUUUAUGUUUUUUACAUUGAGAGACCUACUUCUACCAUUGGUUGUGUUUUGUUUUUUACAUUAAACAAGCCAUGCAUUUGUAGGUAUUUUUAUGUAGCUCUCUUUAUGUUGGUUCAUUCUAUUAGAUUGCUAAAUGCAAAAAUUAUCAAUUCUGAUGUCACUGGUGAUUUUUUCUUUUUCUUUUUAUAUUAUAGACAAAGGAAAUAAGUGUGAACACUUGUG